AUGAGUAUAUAUUUCACAUCAACAUGGCAAUAUUUAUCGGAAACUGAUCCGACUGCAACUGUUGACUUUUUUGGUGCAAUUUUGGCUUUGACUGCUUUGGCUGGAGCGUUUGUGAGUUUUUGUUGUAAAGUUUCUGAUAAUGUUUUUAAAUUCUAGGGAAAUCCACUUCUUGGUUGGUGGAAUCAGAAAUCUGGCUCGACUCGUUAUCCGGUAAUUGUUGCUUUUGGAAUUGCGGCGAUUGGAAACUUCAUUUAUGCGUUUGCAUAUUUAUCACCAAAUAUAAAAUACACUAUGUUAUUUGCCAGAAUUUUGACUGGAUUUGGACCGGGAGCUUUGGGUGUUCUGAGAAGUUUUGUUGGAACAGCCAGUACAAAAGCAGAUCGAAUGAAAGCAGUUUCAAUUGGAAAUUGUGGAUUUACUGGAGGGUUUUUCAUUGGACCUACUAUUCAGGUUCGUUUGAUUAUUCAAUUAUUUUUGAAUAUUUCCGAUUUUCCAGAUUUGUUUUAUUCCCCUUGGCAAAAUUGGUUACGAAUUUUCAAUCUUCCGUUUCAAUAUGUAUACAACUUGCGCACUCUUCAUGACAGUUUUCUCAAUUUUUUCUGUCAUUCUCACAAUUUUUUGUCUCAAAGAAAACUAUGUGGGAAUAAUAAGUAAUGAGGACAAAUCAUCCGAUCCAUUCUUUGUUCUUCCGAAGUUUGAUAGAUCUCCAGUGUUUCUUUUAUAUUAUAUGUGGUGGCUAUUAUGUGGUACGGUAUGUGUUGAAAGUAUGGCUGCGCCGUUAACAAUUGCAAUGUAUAGUUGGAAUCCCGAAGAUGCUGUACUUUAUAAUGGAAUUAUACAAACUGUUGGAUGUGCUAUCACUUUUUCGGUCAACUUUUGCCUGGCGAGUACAAAGCUGAAAGAUGUGUGAGUUGGGGAGAGGAAGAUGGGGGGGGGGGUCUGUAGAAAAUUAGUUUCAUCAGAAGUUGGAAAAAUCAAACAUUUCAUACAAUAAACUUGUAAAAUCCCACGAGAUGAAAAUUUGACAAAUUCUUAGAGCAUCUAAUUUUGUAUCAAACUCUCAUGUUCCAGUGAUAAUCGUAUUCUUCUAUUAGUUGGUCUAUUUUUCUUUGCCAUAUUUUUCGUCUUUCAUCUCCCAAACCCAUUAUAUCCUGGUCCCUUGGAUGGUCUUUGUGAUUAUGAUUGGUGUUCUUCGACCCCACGAGUUCCUCUUUAUUUAUAUUUAUUUAUUGCUUCUGUAGUUUUGGGUGUCGGAUUUCCAUUAAUCUCAUCUUCGAGCAGCUCUUUGUUGAGUCAAAUUUUGGGUCCAAGAAGACAAGGAACAGCGCAAGGAUUUUUCGCGUUCACCGGAUCGUUUUCGCAAUUUGUUGUAUCAUUGUUUUCGACGUGAGUUUUUUCUGAGUGCGAAAUAGUUUGGAAACAUACCAAAGGUUUUUCUGACAGAAAUACAUUUCAAAAAUGUAUUCUUUGUUGCUCAAUAACGUUUCUCUAGGCCAAAAGCUUUUGCAAUUGUGCGGCAUGGUUUUCUUGAACAUUUUUCAGAAGCCUAUUCAAUGCCAGCGGCUACAAAUGGAUAAUGUGUUAUCAUUUAGCCGUGGUAACAUUUGCAAUCCUUGGUGUUUCUAUUCUUUGGCCACGUUUGACACCAUUGAAAAUCACACCAACACCCGAAACACCCACCAAAUACAAAAGUGGAACAUUCUACAGAAUGUAG